CGAUAUACUCACAUCUUUUUGGAUAUUGAUUUUACACAGUAAUUUCUGAGCUGCAAUAGAAAGAAAAUCCCCAAAUUGGAUCAAUGGCGUCCGCUGCGAAAUCCCUAUUCCAAACCCUCCGCCGCUACAUCAAGAAGCCAUGGGAAUACACCGGCCCCGUCGCCCACCCUGAAUACCAACACUCCAUCCCCAAGGCGACGGACUACCGGGUUUACUGCCCCGCCACCGUCCCCGGCAAGGCCAUCGUGCCCAACUCUCUCCCCGAUACUGUUUACGACAUCAAGUAUUUUAGCCGAGAUCAGCGCCGCAACCGCCCCCCGAUUAAGCACACAUUUUUGAAGAAGGCUGACGUGGAGCGGAUGAAGAAGGAAAAGACGUUCGAUCUGAGUGAGUUCCCGCAGCCGUACCUGACUGCGACUGUUGUCGAGGACGAAAAUGCCAUCGGCGGCGGAUACCAGAAGUAGAAUGCUGGCUCGUGAGCUGUGACUGCUAUCUGGCUGCUUGAAGUUCUGAUAAAAUGUAAGCUUGGUUUUAUGCAGCUGGUUUUCUCUGUCCAGAUAAUUUUCUUGAAACGAACAAGUUGUAUUCCAUGACAUGUACUUUCUUACCCGAGUUGUUUCCCCAAUAAUGUAUUCUCACCUCAAAGGAGUAUUUUGCAGCUCCAAUGUGUUUUAUAUCUAUAAUCAUUGCUAGAUGUGCCUUAUUAGGCUUUUGCUUUC